AAGAAAACACUGACUCCUCCCACCGAUUGGUUAGCAGUUGCUCAGUUCUCCACUGCGCUCAACCUCUUCAGGCUGUAUCCAGAGCGUCCGGCAGAAAGAUCGACGUUGGCGGCAUUCACGGGUGCAGAGACUGAUGGCCUCAAAUAUGACAACGAAACAGGAGAAGUGUUAUGAUCCGAAUGACCCAACACUUAAGUUUGUUGAUAGAGAGGAUGAUUUGGAUUUUUUGUGUGAAGGCUUCAAAUCUCUCAGAGCUCAGAUGUCCUGCGGUCACGCUGUGACCCCGACCUCUCUCACCAACUGGUGUCGCAGGUUGUUGGACCAGGAGCUACAGUAUCCAGUCAUACGUAGUGAAGAGGGUGAAAGCAGAUUUGUGUGUGGCGGAUCUGGUUGUAGUGUUGAGUGGACUUUUGCAGAGGUUUGUAAAAUGGGUCUUCUGACCCUUCAAGAAACGAAGUAUUUCCGAAGAACUUUGAGAUUCAACGCUGCCAGACAGACGCUUAUUACCGGAUUUUGUCCUAUAUGCAGAUCCACUGUGAUGAGAGAGAAUGUAUCAGAUUUGAAUGUCCCCUGUAAAGUGUGCACAGCAGUAAAAGGAGAGCUGUUUGAAUUCUGCUGGCAGUGUUUGAGGGAGUGGAAGGGUCCACGGCCACGGAAAGACCGCUGUGAAAAUGAUGGCUGCUGUAACGAAUCACUAAAAACACUACAGACCUGCCCAGAUAUCACAUUUAAUUCAGUGGAGGAAGUCCACGGGUGUCCCUCUGUCCGUGCCUGUCCCACCUGUGGCUUCCUGGUAGAGCACAGCAAGAGGAAUUGUAAAUUUGUUGUUUGUCCUCGAUGUAAGGUGAAGUUCUGUUUUGUGUGCCUGAAGAGCAAUACUAAAUGUAUUGAAACCAGUGACUACUUUGGACCUUGCUUCAGUCGUGUAGCUCCCAGACAGACAGCUAUACCUGUAUGGCAGAAGAAAUAAUGAAAAAGACACAAAGCUCAAGUGUGUGAGAUGUGAAAGUGCCUUUUCUGUAAUAAUAUACCAUGUUGUUUUUUUUAAAUAACCUUUUUAUAUUUCUCUGUUCUCUUGGAAAAGUUGUCAAAUAUAAUCAGUGUUGGUUUUUCUUGAUGAGAAAUUUGCUACCAAAUGUGAUCUUUACGGCUGCAUUAUGUCUGAAUCAUAACGACAGUGAACCUGAAAAAUGUUAUUCAUUCAUAGAUUUAAAGUAAAGUUAAUCAUACAUUCUGUGUGUGCUUAUCUUUUCCCUCAACAUUUAAUUAUUUUACGUUAACCUGUCAUUGUUUGUUGUAUUUUUAGCAUUAGCUACAUGAUAUUUAGCACUUAUACUACUUGGGUCAGCCAUUUCUUUCUUAUUUUGAUUGCUUAGUUUUUUUCCCCUAAAAUGUUUAAAGAAAUCAAUGUUUAGUCUCUUGAUACAUACUUGAAACCUUGUUAUGCUAAAUCAAAGUAGAAAAAGUGUGUGUUUUUAUUUUCACCUUCAGCCACCAGAUGGCACUGUUCACUCUGUACACGAGUACACGUAUUAAUUAGAGCAGUCACAGGUGCGCCCAGUUAGAGACGAAUGAUUUUUAAAACCAUGCAGCCUGCACAGUAAGUGAACUAUUGAGAUAGGAUUUAGGCAGGUAAUCAACAGCUACUGCCUAACACACAACAAAAGGUUUAUAUAAAUGUUACUAUAGAAUACAUUUGUUAUUUGUCUGCCUGCAAAAUGCCUGUAUAAUAAACAUAUAUUGUUAUUUAUUACUCACAGUAAGUAACACUGCAUUUCAUAAAAAGAACAUCAUACCAACAGUUACACGUGGUGGUAGCAGUGCAAUGGUCUGGACUGCUUUGGUGCCUUAGGAUGACCUGCUGUAACUGAUUAAUCCAUGAAUUCUGUUCUCUACGAGAAAAUCCUAAAUGAGAAUGUCCAACCAUCAGUUCAUCCCAUAAAGCUCACUUGUGUUAUGCAUCAGGACA